AUGCUUAUCUCUCUCCAUCUUGACGUUUUAAAAUCGUUUCUCUUCGUCUUUUUAUCAUUUAUUUUGGUGUCUGGCAUUUGUCUCAAGGCAGCUCACUCGUUUCCCUUCUCACGAGCGAAUUGCAUCUGUGUUUUUUAUUUGUUGCUUGCAAGGGCGUUUUAUCGUGAGGGUGUUAUGGAUGUCUGUCUACUUAAUUCCUUGCUGUUCUUCUACUCAAUAACUACUGCUGCAUGGCUAAAGCAGUGUGCCCCCGGUACUCAAAUGUAUGCAUUCGUCUGCCUAUCUCUCCGCACGAAGAUCAUCCUACCCAAUUUCGUCUUCCCUUCCCUGCAGGGAACAUGUUUGUCCAGUCAACCCACAACGGAGAUCAUACCUAGAGCUCGCAAUGACGCAAAAGAGAACCAUCAGAUCGCUCCCAAGCGUUCAUCGUAUUCUUAUCUGCCGUAUUCCGGGUUUCCGGCCACCAAAGAACGGCUCUCCUUCGCUGCCGGAGACAAGGGCGCAACUAACCCCGGCACCCGCAGAAGGAGGGCCAGUCCAGGGUUCACCGGCUUUCUCAAAAUCCAUCGAUUUAUGGGCCUCCUGGCUCCACUGAGCCAGGUCAACCAGCUUCCCGCCGAGUGCUGGACUCCCGGCAGAUCGAGUUCCAAGUUGGCCUCGGUUAUCCAGAACAAAGCAACUCGGGCAGCUGGUGGGCAAGAUGAGCGUCCCGCUGACGACCCUCAGCCAGGGCUGCAUCGACUCGCCUCCUCCCCAGCCGGAGAUGAGAGAAGGUAUGAAUUAGCCAUUAGCCAUCUAGCCAACCCACCAGGUAGGCCAGUGCUUAUAGUUUCGAUACUGCUAGUUGACGAGGAGAAUAGAGGUGCUGCUUCGAUCAAUUCAUCUCACUCGAAUCUGCCGAAAUGGAACAAGCCGGCUAUCAACCUGUGGAGGUUCGCAGCGGCGAACUAUACCUUCAUCAUCCUCGGUGCCAAUGAUGCAGCAUAUGGGAUUGAAAAACAUUACAACAUCUCAUAUACAGUCGUCUCUCUGAUCUUCUUGUCGCCUUUGGGUGGCUAUGCAGCAGCAGCGACAUUCAGCAACAUGAUCCAUAUGAAGUUGGGUCAGCGUGGUAUUGCUUUCCUGGGACCAUGUUCACAUAUACUGGCUUAUGUUGCUGUCUGUCUUCAUCCACCAUAUCCGGCUCUUAUCGUUGCCUUCAUCUUUGCUGGUUUCGGCAACGGAAUUGCAGAUGCAGCUUGGAAUGCAUGGAUAGGUGGCAUGGCAAAUGCAAAUGAACUCCUCGGUCUACUCCAUGGCUUCUAUGGUCUAGGAGGAAUGCUUGCUCCUCUCAUUGCAACUGCUCUUAUUACCAAGGCCGGAUGGGAAUGGUACGAGUUUUACUAUUUGCUCGCCGGAGCCUCCUUUUUGUCUCUCGCCUUUUCCCUCCCGGCAUUCUGGAGUGCAACCGGAUCUAGAUAUCGAGAGGCUCACAGAGACUCAUACGAUGAAGUUGAAGGUCAUGGAAACAACAUCAAUGCCUACACACCCCCGGUACGGGCAAACAAGCUUAUGGUUAAGCUGUUGGGCAAGACCAGGAUGGCAGAAGCGUUGAGUAACCGGGUAACCUGGAUAUGCAGUAUCUUCCUUGCAAUUUACGCCGGAGCAGAGGUCGGAUUGGGAGGUUGGAUUGUAACCUUCAUGAUAAAUGUCCGGCAUGGUUCACCCUUUGACUCUGGAGUCACUGCUACAGGCUUCUGGCUGGGGAUUACACUAGGUCGGAUGAUCCUAGGGUUUGUUACCCCUAGAUGUUUCAAAACAGAAAAACACGCCGUCGUGUUCUACCUUGGAUGUUGUAUUGGCCUGGACCUGGUAUUCUGGCUUGUCCCUAACUUCUAUGCUUCUGCUAUCGCUGUUGCAUUUAUGGGUUUCUUCCUUGGGCCUUUGUUCCCAGCAGGUGUUGUUGCAGCAACGAAACUACUACCAAGAAACCUCCACGUUGCUGCAAUUGGCUUCACUUCGGCCAUGGGUGCCUCAGGAGCAAGUACGUUGCCUUUUGCUGUUGGUGCCAUCGCCCAGGCAAAAGGAGUCGAGGUUCUGCAGCCGUUCAUACUAGGAGUAUUGAUACUCUGUUUAUUAGUCUGGAUGUGCCUACCCAGUCUUCCAAGGAGCAACAUCCGCAUUUAA